GGUUUCCAUGGCGACGCCCAGUGCGGCCUAGCUGGCAGGCCGAAGCCUGGGCCUGGGUUUUGGAGGAUGUCGCUGGCGCAGCGGGUGCUGCUGACCUGGCUGCUCGGCCUGCUCUUCCUCAUCGUGCUGGUGCUGAAGAUGGAGGAGACGCUGGGCUGGAGCUGGUUCCUGGUCUUCGUGCCGCUCUGGCUACUGGACGCGGCGCUGCUGGCGUUGUUGUUGGCCCGGCUGGCGGGUCGCUGCAAGGCGGCGGCGGCCGGGGCGGGGGCCGAGGCCCAGGCGGAGCGGGCAGGCCUGAGGCGCCGGGCACUAGGCCUGUGCGCGCUGCUGCUGCAACUGGCCUUCCUGCUGGCCCUGGCCGCCCGCCUGCAGCGCCUGGCCGAGCUGCCGCUGUGUUGGGUCCUGGCCCCGCUCUGGCUGCUGCUGCUCGGCGCUAUCGUAGAGGUGGCGAGGCGGACCUUCGGCUCUAGGCCCGAGUGAAGAGGAGGCCUGGGGCCCACCUCUAGGCCCGAGUGAGGAGGAGGCCUGGGGCCCACGGGGAGCGUCCACACCAGCCCGGCCCGAGUGAAGAGGGUCCCGGGCCCACGGGGAGCGUCCACACCAGUGAGGAGGCCCGGCCCGAGUGAAGAGGAGGCCUGGGGCCCCGGGGAACAUCCACACUGCCGGCAGGCCCGAGUGAAAAGGGGCCCGGGGCCCACGGGCAGCGUCCACACCAAGGAGGCCCCAGU